AAUUUACAUAACAAACAUAAUUUGCGAUUAUUUGGUAUAAAUGAACUUUCGUAGAAUAGACACCCUUAUUAGAAGAAAAAAACUGAAUAUUCGGUGUUGUGUCGUCUUGGACAAGGACUAAUCAUUUAACAUGACAUUAUCACAACAUUAUUCGAGCAUACGGAGGGAAAUUCAUUUUACAUGGUCGUUUGAGCUGACUCAAUCAGGUUAUCAUGAUUUUUCACGCUAGAAUGUACCUUUCAAUCCUUUCUGUGAUUUGCUUGCUGUGUUUGUGUAGUUCAACAUUCUCUGGGAAUGCCAAGAAGAACAACAAUGAUGUUCACCGCUGUUUUUGUGAGUUGAACGGUGUGGUUGAUGACUGCACAUGUAAGGUGGAGUCUGUGAGUGAGUUCAACAAUAUACGCCUCUUCCCACCUCUCAAUAGCCUACUCAAUAAGAAUUACUUCAAGUUCUUCAAGGUAAACCUCCAUCGUCCGUGUCCAUUCUGGGCUGAUGAUAGUCGCUGUGCCAUGAAGGGAUGUCAUGUCUGCCCAUGCUCACCAGAUGAUUUACCAUGUGGUUUGAAAGAAGAGUCGAAUGAAAACAAGUAUUCAGCUGACUCAAACAAGCCAGUAGAUGAAACCGGUGAUGAAGAAGAGGAGUGUAACAAGGAGAAGACGGAGGAAGACGAGGAUCAAUUAGGAGCUCUUGAUACCACCAUCAGCAGAGAGAAUAUGCUAGCCUUUGAGACAUGGAAGACACACGACGAUGCACAACUCAACUUUUGUGAAAAAGAAGAUGAACACUCAGGUGACGUGGAGUACGUCGAUUUAUUACUGAACCCUGAGAGAUACACAGGCUACAAAGGGACAUCACCACAUAGAAUAUGGAGUAGCAUCUACAAUGAAAACUGCUUCAGACCAGAAACUCCUGAGUCAACCGCAACCACUUAUGAAAGUUUCCUCAGCAAUAAGAAAUUAAAAGAUAUGUGUCUAGAGAAGAGAGUCUUCUACCGUCUUAUCUCUGGACUUCAUAGCAGCAUCAAUAUUCAUCUCUGUGCCAAGUAUCUGCUUUCAGAGGGUCUUUUUGAACAAGAACGGUGGGGGCGAAACAUCGAGGAAUUCCAGAGUCGAUUUGAUCCAGAAACAACAGACGGAGAAGGUCCCAUCAGGCUUAAAAAUCUUUAUUUCACCUAUUUGGUAGCCCUAAGAGCCAUUGCAAAAGCCGCCCCAGUUUUGGAGAAAGAAUUCUUUUAUACAGGAGAACCAGUGGAAGAUCAGGAGGUGCAAAGAAUUGUGAAAGAAAUCCUGAAAAUAGCCAAUUCAUUUCCUGAACACUUUGAUGAAAGUGCAAUGUUUCAGGGAGACCAGCAACAGGCUUUACAACUCAGGGAAGAAUUCCGCACCCAUUUCAGGAACAUCUCAAGAAUCAUGGACUGUGUUGGAUGUGACAAGUGUAAAUUAUGGGGAAAGCUACAGAUCAAAGGUUUAGGAACAGCAUUAAAGAUUCUAUUCACAGAGCAGGGUGUCGGUAAAAAAUCAAAGCUGACACUAGACAGAGGGGAAAUUGUUGCUUUAUUCAACGUAUUUGGAAAGUUAUCAGGUAGUAUAGUAGAAAUUGAAGAGUUUCAGGAGCUCCUCUCACAAGACAAACCAUCUGCACCAAAGAAGAUGCCUGGCUUCUUAUGACAUCCACACAACUCAUGAGAGAUUUUUUUUUGUGAUGUAAAUACUUCUUUUUCCAGAGAAAUUAUUUUUUCUUGCCUUUUGCGGUCACAAGAUUAUUUAAAUUAUCUGAACAGGGAAAAAAACACAUCAAAACAUAGAUGAAUAUUGCAGGUCAUGCGCAAUUUAAUCUGUGCAAUUACAUAGUUUAUGUGGCAAUUACAUGAUCAGAUGUAUAACAUUUUUAAGGGUAAGGGUAGAAACAACAAAGUGAUUGGUUAUAACUUUCUAAUAUUUUUUUUCAUGUCGUUAUUUUUCCACUGCAUUUCAAGUAGAGCAUUUUUUAUUUAUUUUUUUUACUCAUGUGUGUUAGAUGUAGACAUUCUCAAGUCUCUACUUUGAAUGGGGCCAAAGGUUUUAGACAAUAUACUUGUCAUUUGCAUUCAAAAGGUUCAGAGGUACAGAUGAAUAAUUGAGAUGUAUAUAAUGCUAUCAUAGGUUAUGUCUUUGCAUCUCUAAGUAACUUGUUGUGUAUAGUUGCAUUUCCUUAAGACAUAAACACAUACAAUCUGUAAAAAACAAUAGUCAUUUUCAUUUUAAGCAAGAGCAAACAUUCCCUUUCUUUUCUUAUUUCUGCCGUUUUAUUAGUUCCUAUAAUUCUUUACUGUGUGUGUUUGUACAUUAUCCUUUUUAUGGUAUUUGUGCUUUGGCUGACCUUGGCUGUUCUAUAAUUAUUCAUCUUUUUUAGCUGAUAGGUUGGCAUUCCUUCAACAAUUUAAUAGUAAUAAUGAUUCUGAUUGUUGUUUAUAAUGCAUUCAUAUCCAUCCCAAGUAAAGUACUACCAGUACCCUGACUUUUGCCAAACUGCCAUAAGGCAAUGAAAACAUGCAAUGAAUAUUUUUUUUUUUUUACCAUUGGGGUUAAUUUAUUUUGUUGUAGAGUAUUCACACAGUCUACUUUGUUUUCCCUUUGCCUUUACAGUUAUUAAUCUAUUUAUGUUUUGUAUAUACUUUUUCCAACUAUGUAUAUGUAGUUUUGGUUGUGAUAUUGCACCAUGUAAUUCAGAGGGAACUUGUAUCAUACUUUUAAUUAAUCUUGUUUUCUUUAUUUUAUAACUAAUGAUUGAGUAAGUUAAAACAGUUGUAAAGUUCUAUGAUAUAAGCUGUAAUAAAUAUGUUUUAAUUGUACCAAACCCGAAGAGGAAUUUGCAACUGUGGGUUCACAAAUGUAUUGAUCUUGAUGGCAGGCGUUCCAUGUCGGUAUACUGUCUUCAAAAUAAAAGCUUCAAUUAUUACUUGUGGAAAGAGAUAUUGCAGUUUAAACUUACUCUCAGUAAACAGUUGAACAGCUUGUUGAGUAGAUUAGUUGACGCACGCAUAUGCACUUGCACAGAAUAGGGUGCGCUUAGAGUUAGAACCCAAGUCGGAUUGGGUUUCGUUGGUGCUGUUUAUUUUCUUCAUACUCUUUAACCAUUAACCUAUAGAAUGCCAGGUUAAGUUUUUUGAGGUUGAUUUUAUACUUUCUACCUAUCCAGAAAUUAAAGUGAUUGUUACAUUUUAAGUAUUAUUUAGCAUGAAGUGUUCACCACACACAUGUAAAAGGAUAUGUGGAUGUUGAUAUGCAUUAUUAGAUAUUUAUUUCAUAUAAGUUUGUUUACAUUUUUUGCAAAUUUUUGUUGGAUUAAUGUUCAACACUGUUUAUAUCAAAAUUAUUUGAUUGGAUUUAUGUGAUACUUUCUUUCUCUUUGUUUUUCAUUGAAUAUUGUUUGUCUUUCUGCAAUAUGAAUAUCCAAGUUCACAAAUUUGUUUCUUAAAAAAACGAAGUUAGAACAAUCCAUUUCUUGGCAAUUCUCCCAAUUAUGAAAUCAAUUAAAAAAGGUUAUGUAUCAAAAUUAAAUAUCAAGUAUGUACUUGGGUAAAAUGCUGCAUACACAAUAUUUUACAACAAAUUGUUUAUAGUUUAAUCCAGAAUUCUUUGGUAUUCUAGUCCAACUAGAAUUGAAUGAUACAACAAUAUACAAGCAUGAGAAAUUAUUUAUUUCUUAAGAUUUCUAUGCAUUCAUCCCGUUUUCUUCUUGUUAGUUUAAAUAUUGGAAUAAACAUUUGUUUUAAUUUAACAUUACUUUACCCAAAUAGAAAAAUGUUAGCCUGUUUUAGUUUGGAAAGAUGUUUGUAUUAUGUGUAUUGCAUAAGUUUAUUUAUUGAUAAAAAAGCAGCCAUUAAAUUUUGUCUGCUCUUUUAUUUUAUGAAUAGACAGUUUAUUCUUCUUAAUUUCCUUUGUUUUACCUUAUUUUUAUCAGAUGAAUCAAUCGGGUAUAUAAUUAAUCUUGUAUUAAAUAAUGUAGCACAUUAUAGUUACAAUUACUAAUAAUGUACAUGUAUUGGUAUACAUAUUUGUUUCAUUUACAUUUUAAAUUAUUGAUUGAAUAUAUGUAUAUGUAUUUCAGAAUUAUUGAUUCAAUUCAGGGUUCAAAAGUAUACAUGAAACAUGUGAAGUGAAAUCCAAGUUGAUCUGAAGGACAGAAAAUUAAGAGAAGCAGAUUGGUAAAAGUUUAAAGGAACUUUGUAAUGACUACAAAUGCACAAGGGAUUUCAAAUACCCAUUAUAGCAGUGUGUAUUUUUUCAGUUAUUCCUCAUAUUUUAAGUGAGGGGAUGGGACUCAAUUUGAAGAGAAAAAGUGUAGGUAGGCUGAAAGUGAAAGAUGACUUUCAUUCCUGUCUAUUGAUCUACAACAUUCCUUAC